UGUAUUUUUGUUAAGUAACCGGUGUCUGGGAAAUAAAUCGAUUGGGCGAAUUUGGCUUUUCAUUUACACCAUCCCCACAUAAUUUGGGGGCUCGUCCGGGAUACGGGAUGGUGGAAUAAAGAAAAAACAGACGAAGACUAUGAUGCCGGUGAUUUAACUUGAUUAAGAAUUUACGAAUUACGAACGAAGACUAAGAUUUAAAGAAGCUUAUGAUUAUACGAUUACGACUUGAAGACUAUAAAACUUUUUAUUUACAUUAUUCAACAUGCCGCCGAAACGAGUAAAAGAUGAUGAUGAUUGUGGUGAACCAUCGCCGCGUAUUUCCUUCAAUGACUUAGAGAAAUCAAUGACGCCAUUUUCGGGUGAUGAUGCCUAUGGCAUCGAAACAUUCGUAAAAGAUUUUGAAGAUAUUUCCUCUUUAAUGCAAUGGGGCGAAAUAGAAAAACUCAUAUUUUCGAAGCGGCUUCUCGCGGGAACCGCCAAGCUAUUUUUACGUUCACUAAGUGGGACCACCACGUGGGAUACACUUAAGUCUGAGCUCCGUGAGGAAUUUGGUAAGAAGUUGAACAGUGCAACUGUUCACAAGAGACUUUCAACUCGCCGGAUGAAGAUGAAUGAGACUCAUCAGCAAUAUUUUUUACAUAUGAAGGAACUUGCAGUACUUGGGAAUGUUGAAGAUGAAGCCCUGAUGGAAUAUGUCAUCGACGGUAUUAAAGACAGAAGAUUCAAGGUGAAAAAUUGUUAUCUUAUAGUUCAGGAACAACAGAAACUUUAACUGGAAUAGCUGAAAGGGAAAUUUAUACAAAAGGAUCUUUCACAGCAAAAAUUGAAAUUGAUGAUUGUUAUUUUGAAACUUUAUUUUAUGUUGUUGAUGAUGGCGCUAUCCCUGUCAACAUUAUAUUAGGAAAUCCUGUACUGAAAGAAGUAGAAAUCAAUUUUAAAUCUGGAACUAUCACUGCAACAAGAAUAUUACACCUUACAAUGCUAGAGAAUGAAAAUAAAGAUAUCACAAAUAUUGAAAAUAAAGAAUAUAAGAAUAAAAUACAGAAUAUUAUAAAAGAAUAUAACCCCAAAAGAUGUACUAAA